AUGUUUUUUAUAUUCCAGCAUCUCUUGUGGCAAUUCUCUAAUGCGAAUAUUAAAGUCCCUUCAAACGUCAAUACUGUGGAAGCAUUGCUAGCAACGGCUAGGGCAGGCAGCUUAAGGAGCAAGCGACAUAUCCUUGUACUUGCCAUCAAGUUGGGAAAAGACCUCAAAGAAGCCCAUUUGCAGGCCGAGAUUGUCUACCACCAGAGUGUCCUGUUGCGCUUCGAAGGCAACGUGGAGGAGUCUGGACGCGUCGUCAAAGAAUUCUACAACAAAUCCUACCACACGGAGCAGCGAGAAUCUCACCCAGUGCUUGGGUCGCUAUGCUUAUCGCAAGCUAAUAACCUGUGGCAGUCAGACACCCUGUGGGAGCAAGUCUUCUGCGCUGGACGGAUUUUCAGAGGCGAAGGCCAUUUCGAGAAAGCACAACACUGCUUUGAGCGCUGUCUCACCACCGCGCAACUCCCGGAAGUCGAGAGAAUCCGCAUUGCAAAUCUGGCAGACCUCUACUGUGAGCUAGACUAUCAGCAUAAACAAAAGCUUCUGCAUCCGAAAGUCGAUUACUUAGUCAAAGAAGAGGCUAUUAUUGAGUCAGAGAUUGUACGUUUGCGGACGUAUGCCUAUCACUCUGAAGGACUCCGGCGAUUACUGUCGUCCUCAAUUGAAAUUGGAAUUAGGCAGGGUUCCUAUCCAGAAGAGAAUUCGUUGACCGAGGAACUCUUGAAGGUCCACGAUGAACUGGCUGACCCUGGCAUAAUCGACCGUCUCGGACAUAUUCGAGCGCUCAUCGCUUCUGCACGACUAUCUCCCCCUUCUCAGGUAGAGAAACAAUGGGAAGCUGCAUUGCGCCAAAACGUAAUCUACAACCCUCUUGAAGAUGAGGUCUUUACUUCCGUAGUGAUUCAUCUUUUUAUUUCCCUGGCCCGUUUUUAA